CUCUAUUUUGGUUUCAUCUGACCAUAGAAUCUGAUCCCAUUUGAAGUUGCAGUAGUGUCUGGCAAACUGAAGACGCUUGAGUUUGUUUUUGGAUGAGAGUAGAGGCUUUUUUCUUGAAACCCUUCCAAAUAAUUUGUGCUGAUGUAGUUGACAUCGAAUUGUAGUUUUGGAGACUUUCUGACCCCAAGACGCAACUAAUUUCUGCAAUUCUCCAGCUGUGAUCCUUGGAGAUAUUUUGGCCACUCAAACCAUCAUCUUCACAGUGCUUUGACACAAUAUAGACACACAUACUGCAAUCGGACUGUUAGCCUGUAGGCAGCCCCAGUGGGUCAUGGAGUCCAUGUUAAAGGGGUGUGUAGAAACUGUCACCCUGGGAAAUAAACACCCUAAGGUUCUGAUGGGACAGAAGAGAUAACAGCAGCAGUGGACAACUUGCAGUGGGAGAGGACCAAUGCAUGUAAGCCCAGGGUAAAGACGGUCCUUGUGUCUUUGUUCAGUUCAGAGGUCAACUGACGAGCUCAGCUCCCAGUUGUGAAACUGGAGCCUUUAUCUGAUUAUCUGCAAGACACCUGAGGUUAAUAGGGCUUCUAAAAAGCUGAUGAAAAGGUUCAGUGGCCCAGUUCCUGAUAUUGGUAUUUGCCAAUUCAAAUUUGCUUUAUAUGAAAGUAUCAAAAGAGGAAAAACUCCAGAAAUGUGCAUGAACACUUAUAUCAUCUAUCUUAUAGUGUGAAAUGGAUAUAUGAACUUAAUUAUAAAAUAAAGAAACUACCAAGACACAGAGAUAUAAGUUGGUUGAUUUUCUCCUACUAAUAGACAGUAAAAUAGAAAGUAAUGGCCAUCAUGAACAAAACACAUCUAAACCAAUAUAUUAUCACACUAAUUAUAUUGUGGUUUUUCUGUUCUGAGUCACCCAUUUCAACAUCGGUGAAACCUUUUGUGAUAUCUUCAAAAAUUAUUCAAAGAAGUAUUUUCUCAUUAAUUACAGAGACAAUUGAGACAACUCGACAAGCAAGGAAGAGUGGCACAGCGCGUUAUGAAAAGGCAACUAUAAACAACGAAAUUGAAAAAGACAGGAUAAAAACGACGCCUAAUGAUGUUUCUACUAAACAAGCUGUGAAAAGGAUAACAACCCAAAAAUACCAAUUCACUGGACACUCGAAAAAUGCUUCAGGGUCAACCAUUUCAACCUUAACUAAGGGUUAUGAAACAUCUACAAACAGGGAUAUUUUUUCACCAGAAACAGUGACAACAGAAGCAAAAUCACAGUCUUGGAAGAGUUUUACACAACAACCUGAACACUCAACAAAAGUCAAUGACUUUACAACAGAUAAGAGUAAUCUAAAGACUUUAGAUGUUUCUUUAGAACCACAUGUAAACAGCACCAUGGACAAUGUAAACCAAGCGAUGGGGCAGCCAAUCAAUGCAUCAGGAUUUCAUCAAGAAAAAGCUAUUACAGGUGGAUUGGUUUUACUCUUUAUCGUUAUAUUGGUUGUUGCCAUAUUGCUCUAUAUAAAAUACAGGAAACAGAGAAAUCCUCUGCCAGAUGACCAAACAAGACAACAGGUCCAGGCAAACAGUAGCACGAGGCAAGAAGAUAGUUCUGAGGAGGAAGAAGCUACAAGCUUUUUAUAAUACAACAUACAGGCUGUAAACAGCGUAACUAUCAUACUGCAAGAAGGGGCUGCACUUACUGUUGUGUCUGCUACACAUUAUCUCUUUCAUACAGGAGUAUAAUAAUCUUGUACAGCAGGUGUUCAGCAGCAGAGGAAGACAACAGAGGUGGAUAUCUUACAAUGUGAAAUUUGAGUGAAAAACUUUCAGGGUUUCAUCAAGCCAAAUAAAAGGCUAUGACAUCAUAAACUCUUCCAUAGGGUACACAAUAACCAAUGAUGACUUGUGUGCCAUAAUAGUAAUGUAAAAAUGUUAGAUGGGAGAAUUAAGUAAAAGCAAUUUUAUAUACAAAACAGAAUAGGUGCACUCUCACAAACAAAAGUUCAGGAACCUGGGUGCUAGAAUAUCAGCAAUAUCACAAACAAUUUAUUUAUUGCAAAAAAAUAAGAAUUGUUUUCACAAUUAAAUCCAGCGCGUACAGAUCUUUGUUUGUGAUAUAUAUAUAUAUAUAUAUAUAUAUAUAUAUAUAUAGGUAUUUCUGUAUUUAUUAGGCAUGUAUAUCCAUUCAGAGGUUUCAGAUGUCUCCAAAAGAGGAAGAGGGUGAUCAAUUACGGCGUUCGGCUCUUUUCAGAGCCAAAUUUCUUCUGUGCAAAUCCAAAUCUUAGUGUAUUGCACUUUCACAAGCCGUACUUUUUCUACAUUCCCAGGUAUCCGAAACUUCUGAAUGCACAU